AUGGUUAAAAUAAGAGAUACAACAAUACCGCUAUCGUGGAGUGAUCAAUGCAAAACACCAACAGCUAAUCAUCAUCAAUUGGAGAGUCCGGCAAUAAAGACUGCUUUGGCGCCCUACAACUAUCCGCAAGAAACAGCAGUAACAUCAUGCACGACAGCAACUGGUACUCACUACUCCAUUGUCACCACAUCAGCAGCAGCUCUAAGUUCAACAACAACUUCAUCCACUUCUCCUGAACCAAUCCAUACACCUUCAACUCUCAUUCAAACCGCAACACGUAGUGCUGAAUGUAGCGCACCGUCUACACUGAUCGCAUCGUCAUCACCAAGAAACCGCGAUAAGCAAUCGCCAAACAAACUCGAACUCGAAAAUAAUAACAAAAAACAAAAGAAUAAAAUGCAAAGCUCUACACAAACAACUCUACAAGAGUAUUGGUUAGGCAAUCCAGCUUCAUCAAAUAGGUUCGAUCUCUUGGAUGUAGAACCAAAUAUCAAUAAGCCAGAAAGCAACCCAAUAGAAAAAGAUCCAGGUACGCAGCGUGCACAAAAACCGCCACCAAUAUAUGUAGGUACAAAAUGUGGAGAAUAUACUAUCGUGGUUGAAGCAUACAAUCUUCACUUUGAGCGCAAUUAUAGUGAAAGUCGCUGGUAUGAACCAGAAUAUAUAUGUUCCACGUGCUCCAUAUCACUAAAAAAGUGGAAAUCUAGUCAGUGUUUUCAAGAUCGUUUGCCAUUUUCGAGCCCAAUGGUUUGGCAUCAUCAAGUCAUUCACAGACCAGAAGACUGCUACUUUUGCCAAACCAACCUCCAAGGUCAGCGCUUCAAAACACGUAACAGUAUAAAGUAUCCCGAAGUGCUAACUGCUACGAAACCAUCUUUAAGAGAAAAUGAAAACAAGCUAACUGAAGUACAAAAAAUAGCUGAUUCAAGAAGCGGUGAUAACAGUUCAUCUAAUAGUUCACAUAAUGAUGAACCUUUUAUCACAGCUGCGUUAGAAUCAAAAGAGGGGCAUUUUGUUUCGAAUUCAGAUAUGAACGAUUUAUGCUCAACUUACUCUGAUAAUAAUGUACAUGUAGAAACAAGAGAAACUAUGGUUAAAAUAAGAGAUACAACAAUACCGCUAUCGUGGAGUGAUCAAUGCAAAACACCAACAGCUAAUCAUCAUCAAUUGGAGAGUCCGGCAAUAAAGACUGCUUUGGCGCCCUACAACUAUCCGCAAGAAACAGCAGUAACAUCAUGCACGACAGCAACUGGUACUCACUACUCCAUUGUCACCACAUCAGCAGCAGCUCUAAGUUCAACAACAACUUCAUCCACUUCUCCUGAACCAAUCCAUAUACCUUCAACUCUCAUUCAAACCGCAACACGUAGUGCUGAAUGUAGCGCACCAUCUACACUGAUCGCAUCGUCAUCACCAAGAAACCGCGAUAAGCAAUCGUCAAACAAACUCGAACUCGAAAAUAAUAACAAAAAACAAAAGAAUAAAAUGCAAAGCUCUACACAAACAACUCUACAAGAGUAUUGGUUAGGCAAUCCAGCUUCAUCAAAUAGGUUCGAUCUCUUGGAUGUAGAACCAAAUAUCAAUAAGCCAGAAAGCAACCCAAUAGAAAAAGAUCCAGGUACGCAGCGUGCACAAAAACCGCCACCAAUAUAUUGCUCAACUUACUCUGAUAAUAAUGUACAUGUAGAAACAAGAGAAACUAUGGUUAAAAUAAGAGAUACAACAAUACCGCUAUCGUGGAGUGAUCAAUGCAAAACACCAACAGCUAAUCAUCAUCAAUUGGAGAGUCCGGCAAUAAAGACUGCUUUGGCGCCCUACAACUAUCCGCAAGAAACAGCAGUAACAUCAUGCACGACAGCAACUGGUACUCACUACUCCAUUGUCACCACAUCAGCAGCAGCUCUAAGUUCAACAACAACUUCAUCCACUUCUCCUGAACCAAUCCAUAUACCUUCAACUCUCAUUCAAACCGCAACACGUAGUGCUGAAUGUAGCGCACCAUCUACACUGAUCGCAUCGUCAUCACCAAGAAACCGCGAUAAGCAAUCGCCAAACAAACUCGAACUCGAAAAUAAUAACAAAAAACAAAAGAAUAAAAUGCAAAGCUCUACACAAACAACUCUACAAGAGUAUUGGUUAGGCAAUCCAGCUUCAUCAAAUAGGUUCGAUCUCUUGGAUGUAGAACCAAAUAUCAAUAAGCCAGAAAGCAACCCAAUAGAAAAAGAUCCAGGUACGCAGCGUGCACAAAAACCGCCACCAAUAUAUAAUAUUAACAAACAUCCGGCAAUAAAGACUGCUUUGGCGCCCUACAACUAUCCGCAAGAAACAGCAGUAACAUCAUGCACGACAGCAACUGGUACUCACUACUCCAUUGUCACCACAUCAGCAGCAGCUCUAAGUUCAACAACAACUUCAUCCACUUCUCCUGAACCAAUCCAUACACCUUCAACUCUCAUUCAAACCGCAACACGUAGUGCUGAAUGUAGCGCACCAUCUACACUGAUCGCAUCGUCAUCACCAAGAAACCGCGAUAAGCAAUCGCCAAACAAACUCGAACUCGAAAAUAAUAACAAAAAACAAAAGAAUAAAAUGCAAAGCUCUACACAAAGAACUCUACAAGAGUAUUGGUUAGACAAUCCAGCUUCAUCAAAUAGGUUCGAUCUCUUGGAUGUAGAACCAAAUAUCAAUAAGCCAGAAAGCAACCCAAUAGAAAAAGAUCCAGGUACGCAGCGUGCACAAAAACCGCCACCAAUAUAUAAUAUUAACAAACAUCCGGCAAUAAAGACUGCUUUGGCGCCCUACAACUAUCCGCAAGAAACAGCAGUAACAUCAUGCACGACAGCAACUGGUACUCACUACUCCAUUGUCACCACAUCAGCAGCAGCUCUAAGUUCAACAACAACUUCAUCCACUUCUCCUGAACCAAUCCAUACACCUUCAACUCUCAUUCAAACCGCAACACGUAGUGCUGAAUGUAGCGCACCAUCUACACUGAUCGCAUCGUCAUCACCAAGAAACCGCGAUAAGCAAUCGCCAAACAAACUCGAACUCGAAAAUAAUAACAAAAAACAAAAGAAUAAAAUGCAAAGCUCUACACAAAGAACUCUACAAGAGUAUUGGUUAGACAAUCCAGCUUCAUCAAAUAGGUUCGAUCUCUUGGAUGUAGAACCAAAUAUCAAUAAGCCAGAAAGCAACCCAAUAGAAAAAGAUCCAGGUACGCAGCGUGCACAAAAACCGCCACCAAUAUAUUGCUCAACUUACUCUGAUAAUAAUGUACAUGUAGAAACAAGAGAAACUAUGGUUAAAAUAAGAGAUACAACAAUACCGCUAUCGUGGAGUGAUCAAUGCAAAACACCAACAGCUAAUCAUCAUCAAUUGGAGAGUCCGGCAAUAAAGACUGCUUUGGCGCCCUACAACUAUCCGCAAGAAACAGCAGUAACAUCAUGCACGACAGCAACUGGUACUCACUACUCCAUUGUCACCACAUCAGCAGCAGCUCUAAGUUCAACAACAACUUCAUCCACUUCUCCUGAACCAAUCCAUACACCUUCAACUCUCAUUCAAACCGCAACACGUAGUGCUGAAUGUAGCGCACCAUCUACACUGAUCGCAUCGUCAUCACCAAGAAACCGCGAUAAGCAAUCGCCAAACAAACUCGAACUCGAAAAUAAUAACAAAAAACAAAAGAAUAAAAUGCAAAGCUCUACACAAACAAUUCUACAAGAGUAUUGGUUAGGCAAUCCAACUUCAUCAAAUAGGUUCGAUCUCUUGGAUGUAGAACCAAAUAUCAAUAAGCCAGAAAGCAACCCAAUAGAAAAAGAUCCAGAAACAAGAGAAACUAUGGUUAAAAUAAGAGAUACAACAAUACCGCUAUCGUGGAGUGAUCAAUGCAAAACACCAACAGCUAAUCAUCAUCAAUUGGAGAGUCCGGCAUUAAAGACUGCUUUGGCGCCCUACAACUAUCCGCAAGAAACAGCAGUAACAUCAUGCACGACAGCAACUGGUACUCACUACUCCAUUGUCACCACAUCAGCAGCAGCUCUAAGUUCCACAACAACUUCAUCCACUUCUCCUGAACCAAUCCAUACACCUUCAACUCUCAUUCAAACCGCAACACGUAGUGCUGAAUGUAGCGCACCAUCUACACUGAUCGCAUCGUCAUCACCAAGAAACCGCGAUAAGCAAUCGCCAAACAAACUCGAACUCGAAAAUAAUAACAAAAAACAAAAGAAUAAAAUGCAAAGCUCUACACAAACAACUCUACAAGAGUAUUGGUUAGGCAAUCCAGCUUCAUCAAAUGGGUUCGAUCUCUUGGAUGUAGAACCAAAUAUCAAUAAGCCAGAAAGCAACCCAAUAGAAAAAGAUCCAGGUACGCAGCGUGCACAAAAACCGCCACCAAUAUAUAGAAACCGCGAUAAGCAAUCGCCAAACAAACUCGAACUCGAAAAUAAUAACAAAAAACAAAAGAAUAAAAUGCAAAGCUCUACACAAACAACUCUACAAGAGUAUUGGUUAGGCAAUCCAGCUUCAUCAAAUGGGUUCGAUCUCUUGGAUGUAGAACCAAAUAUCAAUAAGCCAGAAAGCAACCCAAUAGAAAAAGAUCCAGGUACGCAGCGUGCACAAAAACCGCCACCAAUAUAUUGCUCAACUUACUCUGAUAAUAAUGUACAUGUAGAAACAAGAGAAACUAUGGUUAAAAUAAGAGAUACAACAAUACCGCUAUCGUGGAGUGAUCAAUGCAAAACACCAACAGCUAAUCAUCAUCAAUUGGAGAGUCCGGCAUUAAAGACUGCUUUGGCGCCCUACAACUAUCCGCAAGAAACAGCAGUAACAUCAUGCACGACAGCAACUGGUACUCACUACUCCAUUGUCACCACAUCAGCAGCAGCUCUAAGUUCCACAACAACUUCAUCCACUUCUCCUGAACCAAUCCAUACACCUUCAACUCUCAUUCAAACCGCAACACGUAGUGCUGAAUGUAGCGCACCAUCUACACUGAUCGCAUCGUCAUCACCAAGAAACCGCGAUAAGCAAUCGCCAAACAAACUCGAACUCGAAAAUAAUAACAAAAAACAAAAGAAUAAAAUGCAAAGCUCUACACAAACAACUCUACAAGAGUAUUGGUUAGGCAAUCCAGCUUCAUCAAAUGGGUUCGAUCUCUUGGAUGUAGAACCAAAUAUCAAUAAGCCAGAAAGCAACCCAAUAGAAAAAGAUCCAGGUACGCAGCGUGCACAAAAACCGCCACCAAUAUAUAGAAACCGCGAUAAGCAAUCGCCAAACAAACUCGAACUCGAAAAUAAUAACAAAAAACAAAAGAAUAAAAUGCAAAGCUCUACACAAACAACUCUACAAGAGUAUUGGUUAGGCAAUCCAGCUUCAUCAAAUGGGUUCGAUCUCUUGGAUGUAGAACCAAAUAUCAAUAAGCCAGAAAGCAACCCAAUAGAAAAAGAUCCAGGUACGCAGCGUGCACAAAAACCGCCACCAAUAUAUUGCCCAACUUACUCUGAUAAUAAUGUACAUGUAGAAACAAGAGAAACUAUGGUUAAAAUAAGAGAUACAACAAUACCGCUAUCGUGGAGUGAUCAAUGCAAAACACCAACAGCUAAUCAUCAUCAAUUGGAGAGUCCGGCAUUAAAGACUGCUUUGGCGCCCUACAACAUCCGCAAGAAACAGCAGUAA